UCAUUCAGAAGCAAGACAUGAAGGAGCAGCAAAGUAGUAGUUUCAUGUGGUCCUCCUCGACAUUGACGAGUCCCCCGUCAUCUUCAUCCUUUUUAGAACAACUGCAGAUGAAAAAAGAGAAGUUUACUGAUUUAGCGGCAGCGGAGAAAGAGAUGAAAGACGCUAAGGAGAGGAUCGUAGAACAGGACGAAGACUGUGAAAAGGCCGUGAAGGAUGUGCUGGAGGCGAAAUUGAAGGCGUUGCGUCUCGCUGCUGAGUUGUAUAGUAAAGCGCAAGAGCUCCUAGUCAGGUUAUCCGGAGGAGGUGGAGAUGCCCAGUCUUACUUCUCGAAGCUAGAUGCUGAAGAUGCAGCAAAGAAAUUGGGUGUAGUGGCUGGUGCCGAUGUUCUGGAGGUUAGGUUGCAGCGUAUCUUAGGCGCAGCAGAUACGGUCCUAAAUUAAGGCUCAGCUUUCAAUGGUCACCAUUUAGAUUGGAGUCACUGAGAUCGAAGAGGCGACCCUUCUUGAGAGAACCAACAAGGGAAAUAAACGAAGGGAAAGGGGACGAGACCUUUGAGGGGGGUAUCUUCCGUUCAGAGUCAGUGACCAAUGAGUGCCGAGCUUUAAUUAAAUCAUUUGCAAGGUUCUGGAGGUGGUGCGAAUGGUAGAAGAAGCGCUGGUGCUGAGAAUAUGGCUGGCGCUGUCGAGAAUACUGCUGCUGAUGGGGGUGCUGAAGAGUCUGGUGCAGGAGGAGCAGACUUGGCUGGUGAACUCGAUGCUUUCUUGGCGUCUGAACCGAAAGUAGAGGACAUUAUAAAAGACGCAUUCGAUAAUGGAGGCGAAACAGCGAAACAGUAUCUCUUAAGGCUGGAUUUAAGUGCUUCUUAA